UUUUUUAAGAACCUAAGAAGAAGAAGCCCUCGGACAGAGCCCAGAGAGAGAAGAAUUGUUAGGCGAUCGUCGGGCGAUGUAGCGGAAAAUCACGGAGUCCCAUCCCAUGUACGAGUCUGCUUCUGAGUGCUAAUAAAUGGUUUUUAUGAGAAGUGGUUUAAGACACUUCACACUCUUCCUUAACUGAUGGACUGGAAACGGACACGCUCAACUAAUAACAAUGGAUGAUUUGCUAGGGGAUAUGUUGUUUGAAAUACUACAUAAACUUCCAAUAGAAUCCAUCUUGACAUGCAGAGCUGUUUGCAAGACCUGGAAGGAUCAUAUUCGAGAUCCAUGGUUCAUAGAAGAAGUUGGCAAUUCCUGUCAUCAAUCUAUGCGGCUCAUUCUUAAAUCACUACCUGGGAGCCAUUUGACAUUACUUGAUAUUGAAGGAUGCAGAACUAGACAGAUCCCUAUUGACGAGAUGCUUGAGGUCCUCCAAAUUAUGUGCACUUGUGAUGGCCUUCUCUGCAUGGCUUCAGCUCUAAACCUAGAUCCAGUGGUGAUCUACAAUCCUAUAACUAGGGAGCGUGUCAUUCUGCCAUCAUCGUCUUCAUCAGAACAGCCCAUUUCAAGUCAUGAGGUUGGUAUAGGGUUUGAUCCCUCAAGCAACAAGUACAAAGUUGUCCGAGCAUACACUAUUUCUGAGGGUAGAGUUAAGAGGUUUGAGAUCAUUUCACUUGGAGAAAGGUCAUGGAGAAGACUAAAUGCCCCUGAGGGAAUAGUUGAUUGUGAUGGAUCUGGAGUGGUAUUCUACAAGGAUGCCCUUUACUGGACGAUGAAUGGUGGACAUUCCACCCUCAUCGUCCAAUUCAAUUUAAGUCAUGAGACGUUCCAUAUGGUCUCUUUUCCAGAUUAUUUUCCCUCAGAUCAUGCUUCUUUGGGAUUGAUUGAAGUUGGGGGAUGUUUGACUCUUGUGGAAAACACCGGCAGUGUCAUUAAAUUAUGGAGAUUAACAACAGCAAAUGCGACUGGUGACAAUCCCUACUUCUCCCUGCUAGACACAUACGAUAUGCACGUGAAUUGGGGCAGAAGCUCCUGCGAGUUUGUUUGCGCAUUGAACCAAGAGAGUUACUUGUUACAGGUUGGCUUCAGGAACAGCAGAGAUCGGCGCCAGGAAUACCUCACCCGGUAUAGUCCUGAAGAGAUACAGUACUCAAACCUUGGAAUCCAUGGACUUCCUCCUAGCUUCAAGAUUGUUUGCUUUAAACCCAGUCUCAGACCUCUGCCUGCAGCUUCUUCUGUGGCAUGACUUGCGAAGCGUGAAGUUGGUCCCUGGGAUGAUGUCUCCUUAAGAAGUCAUAUGAUGUUGCCUUGAAAAGGACCCUUUUCUUUCCUCUUUCUAUCCUAAUAUGAAUAAGCACAACAUCAAUGGUAAGUUAUGGCUCUACUCCAUUUAGCCGUUAGGUCACAGCUUUAUAUCCUUGUCUAAUUUGGAAAAUGAGGUUUCCUUUAGAGGAAGAAAUUGAAUUUAAGUAUUAUAUAGCCAGGUUAUUGUAUGGCAUUUUAGUAAAUUAGUUGCAAUAUAAUGGUAAAUUUAUGAUCCUA